AAGAAGAACACUAGCAAUUCGAUUCUCAACGAUGACCUGCUCUCCAAGGCUGGUGUCGACACCGACGAGCCACAAAAGGCCUCGUCGGCCUCUUCUGGCUCAGGUGAAAACACUGAAGGUACUGAAAAUUCCUCCAAUGAGAAACCCGAGAAGGACGAGUUCGAACAGACUAGAUCGAGAAGAAACAACACUAAGUCAACCAUUGACAAGAAGAAGGAGCUGUACUCUCGGAUCUUUUGGUACUCCUUCCUUGCCGCAAACCUCGGAUUUUUGGGCUACAUGGCCAGGGACUACGACCCGGUGGAGGAGCCUGAGAUCUACAACGAGGCCGAAAACUGCUUUUCUCCGGGCUUAAUUGUCACCAGACUCAGAAAGAGACUUUUGGGUGUUUCUGAUGUCUUCUCCGAGCCAGCCUUUACAGACUUGUUGCCUCCUCAACCAGCAGGCCCUUAUGCUCCUCCACUCACCCUUGUCGUGGAAUUGGAUGACUUGUUGGUCCACUCUACCUGGGACUACAAGAAGGGUUGGAAAACUGCCAAGAGACCAGGUCUUGACUACUUCCUUGGCUACCUCUCCCAGUACUACGAAAUUGUCGUCUUCUCCCGUUCCUCCAUGGCUUUUGCCGAAACCACUGUCGCAAAGUUGGAUCCAUAUCAUGCCUUCAUCUCAUAUUCCUUGUUCCGUGAAGUUUGUCGUUCCAAAGAUGGCAAGUUGAUUAAGGACUUGAGUCUUUUGAACAGAGACUUGUCCAAGGUCGUCAUUAUCGACCCUGACCAAGACUGUUACUCAAUGCAGCCUGAAAACGCUCUCCCAGUGGAAAAAUGGACUGGUUCAAAAGAUGACGGCUUAAUCAAGUUGAUACCUUUCCUUGAAUACUUAGCCACCUCUCACACAAAAGAUGUAAGACCAGUCUUGGCCUCCUUCAAAGACAGAAAUCAUAUCCCUGAAGAAUUCGCCAUUAGAGAACAGAAAAUGCGUGAAGAAUGGAAGGCAUCUCAAGAACGUAAAAAGUCCAACGACUUUUUCUCCACAAUCCUUGGUAUCCCUCCUUCCUUGAGAGGUGCAAAGAAGAUGCCUUUGGAUUUGAUCCGUGAACAAGGUCAAAGAAAUUACCUCCACAUGUACAACUACUUGAAAGAAAACGGUGACAAACUCUUGAAAGAGGAGGAAGAAAAAACCAAAGAACUGAUGGCUGACCAAAAGCUGACCUUAGGUAAAAUUGUCAACGAAGGUAUGCCAACUGCUGAAGAUAUCGCCAAGGCUGCUGCUGAGAAACAAGCGCAA